GCCGCUGCGCCCAGGCCGGCGGCUCUACUUAAGCGGCGCGCCGGCCGCCACCCGGCACUCCCCUGGAGCGCGCGGGCGAGGCGGGAGGAGCGCGGCGGGGCUCGCGGGGGCGCACAGCGGCGUGCUCGCAUCGUGUGCUCGGCUCCGCGCGGCUCUCGGCGGCGGCGGCCGGGGCGCAGGGCUGAGCGAGCGUCAGGGAAAGGCUGUGGCAAGCUCCAGCGCGCGGCCCGGCUCCCGGCCACUGCCCUAGCCCGGCCACCUCUUGGCCAUGGCUCUGGCGGACAGCACUCGUGGAUUACCCAACGGGGGCGGGGGCGGCGGCGGCAGCGGCUCCUCGUCGUCCUCGGCAGAGCCGCCGCUCUUUCCCGACAUCGUGGAGCUGAACGUGGGGGGCCAGGUGUAUGUGACCCGGCGCUGCACGGUAGUGUCGGUGCCCGACUCGCUGCUCUGGCGCAUGUUCACGCAGCAGCAGCCGCAGGAGCUGGCCCGGGACAGCAAAGGCCGCUUCUUUCUGGACCGAGACGGCUUCCUCUUCCGCUACAUCUUGGAUUACCUGCGGGACUUGCAGCUCGUGCUGCCCGACUACUUCCCCGAGCGCAGCCGGCUGCAGCGCGAGGCCGAGUACUUCGAGCUGCCCGAGCUCGUGCGCCGCCUCGGGGCGCCCCAGCAGCCCGGCCCCGGGCCCCCGCCGCCGCACUCGAGGCGUGGGGUGCAGAAGGAGGGCUCGCUGGGCGACGAGCUGCUGCCUCUCGGCUACGCGGAGCCGGAGCAGCAGGAGGGCGCCUCGGCCGGGGCGCCGUCGCCCACUCUGGAGCUGGCUAGCCGCAGCCCGUCCGGGGGCGCGGCGGGCCCGCUGCUCACGCCGUCCCAGUCGUUGGACGGCAGCCGGCGCUCGGGCUACAUCACCAUCGGCUACCGCGGCUCCUACACCAUCGGGCGGGAUGCGCAGGCGGACGCCAAGUUCCGGCGAGUGGCGCGCAUCACCGUGUGCGGCAAGACGUCGCUGGCCAAGGAGGUGUUCGGGGACACCCUGAACGAGAGCCGGGACCCCGAUCGGCCUCCGGAACGAUACACCUCGCGCUAUUACCUCAAGUUCAACUUCCUGGAGCAGGCCUUCGACAAGCUGUCCGAGUCGGGCUUCCACAUGGUGGCGUGCAGUUCCACGGGCACCUGCGCUUUCGCCAGCAGCACCGACCAGAGCGAAGACAAGAUCUGGACCAGCUACACCGAGUACGUCUUCUGCAGGGAGUGAGCUCCCAACACCCCCUUGCGAUUCCAGCGCGCCCAUUCCCUCUCCUUCUUGCCCGGGAGAGGGCUCUAGAUUUACCCUCCCGCCCCACGUUCUCCCAUCCCCCUGUCCCCCACUUCCAGUAGCCCCACUGACCCCUCACUUUAGAACCUGCAGCCGCAGAUCCUCUCGGCUUCUUCGUCUUCUCUGAGCCCCACUAAAAGAGAGAGCCACUCCACCCCAUGCUUCCUCUGGCCCCCAGCCUCAAACCACCACCCCUCCCCCGGAUUGUCCUUCAGUCUGGAUCUAGUGGGGCAGUGUGGCUAGAAAGUCACCGAGUACCUGGGAAUGACUGAAAUGUUCCGAACCUGACUGGACCCCGUCCAGUGUAUAGAAGAUUACUUGAAAUCUUCUCGACCCCUGAUGACUCAUUCGCGGUUUAAGAGAUGGAAUUGGUAGCACUGACUGGCAAUAGUUACGCAUCCUUUUGACCCUCUUUAAAGGUAGAGUUUUAGAAGGCUGGGUGGAAGACUCUGGAGCCGGAAUUAGGAUACCGCGGAGGCAGUUCAGUGACUGUAAAUGAAUAAAGUUUUGAAAAGUUACAGGUAGAAGUAGGAGAAGAAUCUAGUGCUGGCACAGUGAAGGAGCAUAUGGUUUCCGUGCAGAUUUAAAGGUCUUCGCCUGUGGCUUAAACUUGUAGAAAGUUCCCCUUCUGCCUGAGGAGGCACCCUUUCUCCUGGGCUCACAGCCAGAAGCCCUUGGUCCGACUGCUUGACGUGGCAGCUGUUUUUGACAAGUGGGGGAAAGAGAGCAAGACAGCCCAGGUCACCAUGUACUGCGGGAGGUCACCUGGCUGUGACUGUAAAGGGAGCUGGGUAGUAAUGCCCAUCGUGGGUAUUAGGAAAGCCCGUGUUCUUACAGUGAAUGGCAGUAGGACCUUAGCUCUUAAG